AUGAUACCCUACAUAGGUGUCAGUGACGGGCCUGGUAUGGGUGUAAUGUUCGCCCUAGGUGUCAGCGGCGGGCCUGGUAUGGGUGUAAUGUUCGCCCUAGGUGUCAGUGACGGGCCUGGUAUGGAUGUAAUUUUCACCCUAGGUGUCAGUGACGGGCCUGGUAUGGGUGUAAUGUUCGCCCUAGGUGUCAGCAGCGGGCCUGAUAUGGGUGUAAUGUUCGCCCAAGGUGUCAGUGGCGGGCCUGGUAUGGGUGUAAUGUUCGCCCUAGGUGUCAGCGGCGGGCCUGGUAUGGGUGUAAUGUUCGCCCUAGGUGUCAGUGACGGGCCUGGUAUGGAUGUAAUUUUCACCCUAGGUGUCAGUGACGGGCCUGGUAUGGGUGUAAUGUUCGCCCUAGGUGUCAGCAGCGGGCCUGAUAUGGGUGUAAUGUUCGCCCAAGGUGUCAGUGGCGGGCCUGGUAUGGGUGUAAUGUUCGCCCUAGGUGUCAGUGACAGGCCUG